AUGGCGCCUCCGAAUCGACAACGUCCGGUGUUGUUGUCGAGGCACCAGCUGUUAGUCGUGCGUACGCGUAUCGAUACACGUGGUCGCUUUUUGCAAAUCAUCUUACUGUUAAACCAUGUUAAACCGUUCGAUUGUCAUUGCGAUGUAGAUUCGAAAAUCGAUUACACUCGAGGAAAAACGAUAGCGCGAAGUUUUACAUUGUGUAGAGUUUUUCAGUUCUAUGUGAUGUGGUGAUUUUUAAUGAGAUGUUUGAAUGUGAUAAAUAGAUUGUGAUAAACACGUCGAAUUUGUUAGUUUCGUCGAGAUUGAUAAAUCUGUGAUUUUUUUAUGAUGGUAGUCCUUAAUUCGCAAUUUUCGUUUAAUUGAAAUUUCUUUGUUGGCACAGAAUCAGUAAAUUAAAGUACAAAAGUACAAUAAAAUCAUAGACAGAUUUUUAGUUUCCUGUGAGAUAUACUUGUAAGGCAAAUUUGAAAGCAAGAUAUUGUAACAGGCUUUGAAGCAAGAUUCCAGAGAACAAUUUUGGAACCCAAUCUUGGAGAACAAUUUCAACAGAAAUCUUCACAGCUUCUUGAAAAAGAUCACGAAGAUCAACACGACAAUUCAAAAUUCUUAGGCUCUUGGAUCAACAUCAGUUAUCAUUUUUAUUCGGAAGCUUUUCACGAAUUUUCCAACUCAUGUUUGUCUAGUGCCGAGAUCUUGGAGCAGAGUAGUGGGACAUGCUCUUGUAUCUUUCAAAAGCGGACAAUGAGAAGCGACAUGACAGAACCUGAGCAAUCUGUUGCCCCAGGAAGUAAUAAAUCACGUGGAAAAGUCUGCCAGGAGCACGGCGGCGAAGAGGAUUGUCCGAGCGAGAACGAGCGAGAAUUCGAGUCGUUGGAGUACGAAGAGGAUGCGUACUAUUCGAAGUUAACGACAACGCCGAGCUUCGAUGAUAUCGACGAGGUGGGUGAUGAAGAAGUGGACGAGUUGGUGAUCCACUGCUGGCGCGACUCCAACGGCGAGAUCGAUGAGAUCGUCGUAGACGAUGGCAAUCUGACCAUCGAGACGGAAUUCCUGCCGGAGGGAGAAACUUCACAUGACGGUCGCAAAAAGAAGAAACGAUCGGUUCGAGUAAUCUUCCAGGAUCUCUCCAAGCCUUAUCUCGCAAAGAUCAGCAAUAACCGGAACUACAAAAAAUUCCUCGAGCUGAUAAAAGGAGAAGAUGCCUCCUCGCUUCACUCAGGCUCUUUAUCACCAUCGGAUAGCGUGGCGAAUGAACUUCAAGGCCUUUCCUUGGAGGAGCAGGAACGCCAUAGGGCCGAAUGGAGCGCUGAGUUAGCGAAAGUCGAGGAAGAGAUACAGACAUUGAGACAUGUUCUCGCCAACAAGAUUAAGGUAUCGCAAGAUCUGAAGAGGAAACUGGGCAUUAGUGUCUGGAAGGAGCUCACCGAUGACGUGAAUCAGGGAAUCAAGAAUGUCAAAGAGAGCCAUGUAUACCAGAAGACAGAGUCUGUUCUUAAGUCUACGGCUGAGAAGACCACAAGUAUUCUGGGUGGCUUUGGUAGUGGCAUCACCAUGAAACUAGGUCAGAUGCGCAACUCUGACAGCUUCCGGUCUUUGGAGGAAAAAGUUGGAUCUGCCUGCGAGAAUAUUAAGACAAAAGUCGUGCCUUCGAGAUCUGGUUCCACACAGAGCUUUGACGAGGCUCUUCGGGAGUCCGAGGCAAUGAGGCGCGCGUCUGCGGCUCCGUCGGCCACCAGUCCGACCAUUCCCGAGGACAAGCUGCUCUCUUAGAGUUUAAACUCUAUACGCCUCUUCCGCGCGAUUUAAAGUGCUAAUAAGCGUCGCGCGCUGUAUCACUACUGCGUUCAUCUACUGCAAUUGCUAUAAAGGGCCAAACGACGUAUCUGUGAACGCCGGACAAGUAGAUUGAAAACUUUGGCCGCGAGCACGAUCGUCCAAGUACUAUCCUAUUCUCCAGUGAAACAUAUUUUUCUUGCACGCCAUUCCCACGCCUUUUCCCUCUCGCAGGAUCGCCUUUCUCUGGGCCACGUUCAGGACAUCCUUAGAUCUAGAGGUAAAUAAUUUUCGCGAUUUUUAUCAAUUCUAAAAAUGGAUACUUGAAAUGAUUUGUUUUCUAAAGAAUCAAGUAGCUUUUGGAUUUCUUUUUAGUAUUAUAAUUGCAAUUUGUAUAUAAGAUAUACUUAUGGCUCAAAAUAGCUCAUGAUUUACAUGUGUUGGGAGAAAUUUAAUCAUGAAUGAAAGUCUAUGAGAUGAAGUUAAUAAUAAAAUUACAGGAAAAAGACUUGCAACGGUUUCUAUAUUUUCAUUGCUGCAUCAUGUGCAAAUUUUCAUUAUUUUUCUAUUUGAUAUUAGCAACUUUUUAACUAUCAAAUAGUAUUGAAUUUAAAUUACACUGGUAGACCCAUUUAUUUGCAAUUUUUGACACUUGGAUUUUUAUUGCAUAAUUAUUGGUGUCCUGAAUCGACUUGAUAGAGCUGCCAAAAGUAAAUAUUUUCAACGAUUUAUGAUGAAUGACCCGUCCGCCGACAAUAUUUUACACUGUAUACUGUAAACGAAACUUCUCACCUAUACGCAAAUUAUCUAAUUAACGCGAGUCAUUCAAAACACAUUCAGUCUACCAGAAGACAAGAUCUAAUCAGAUUCUCGAGGAACACUGCAAACCUUUUUUUGAUUUCGUGAUUAAGAAAGAAUUAAAAAUUGUUAUAUAAAAUUUAAUUAAAGUUUGUUACGGACGAUAAAACUGGAUAAAAUUGCAAUCGUAAGAUAAGAUGUUUAUAGAAAGAUCUUAUUUGAAGACAAAUAUUUUUAUAAAAAAGUUCCUCGCGAUUCUCGAUUUUACAAAUGCAUAUUUUUUAUGUGCGCAGAUAAUCUAAUAUUAGAUUAGCACGAAAUUCGAGACAUAUUUUGUAUUUUAGCUUUAUAAGAAGACUAUCGACGGCGCACGGUGCAAUAUAAGUGUUUAUUAAAAUUAGAAGAUCUAUAAUUUACACCUGAAUUUGGAAAACAAGUUUGUGCACAAUUUAAUAAAAAUUGUUUGAAAAUUGUUAUUAACAAUAGUCGCCGUGAUUCGUCGAUCUGCUGCAUAAUCUUGUUCAUAUUGAUAAAUAAAUUAUUUUACGAAAUGCCAUAAGUAAUAAAUAAUAUUAAAAUAUCUUA